GGGAAAUAAACCCUUCUUCAACCCCGUCCUCGCUCCUGUAAAACACUGACAGUGAUACCGAUGCUGAUCCAACGGUGUAUACUGGUCCGAGCUCUACACCGUCGUUGUCGUCACUUCUCACAGUCUGCCGCAGCAGUCUCAGCCCCAUCGGAAUCUCCAUCUCUGGAAUCUCCAACUUUUACAUACCUAGACGGGUUACCGAAACCCGACCCUAAGUACGCGGAGACCAUACAUGCAAUUCCGCGAGCUCUGUCCGGAAAGAACAUCUCCGCCAAGGAGAGAAAAGCUGGCCGAACUCCCAGCAUUGUUUUUGAGCAAGAGGAUGGACAGCACGGCGGCAACAAGCGGCUCAUUUCCGUGAAGACUAAUCAGAUCAGGAAGCUAGUUACACAUUUGGGCCGGGCAAAUUUCCUUUCCCGGCUGUUUGAUCUUGAGCUCCGUCCCGAUUUUGAGUCGGAUGAGAUCAUUGAGAAAGUCAGGGUCUUGCCUAGACAGAUUCAUCUACAUGCAGGCACUGAUGCUCCACUCAAUGUUACCUUCAUAAGAGCUCCAUCAAGUGCUCUACUAAAGGUUGAUAUUCCUAUCAGCUUUCGUGGUGAGGAUGUCUCCCCUGGUUUGAAAAAAGGUUCAUUCUUGAAUAUUAUCAAGAGAACAGUGAAGUUUGUCUGUCCGGCAGAUAUAAUUCCUCCUUACAUUGACGUUGAUCUAAGUGAGCUGGAUACAGGGGAGAAGAUAGUAAUGGGGGAUCUCAACGUUCAUCCUGCUCUGAAGCUUGUUCAACCUAAAGAUCACCCUGUUUGCAAAAUUAUGGGAGGGAGGGUUUCUGACCAAAAGAAGACGAAAUAAAUUCUCAUUUUUGUUCAUCCUUUGUUAAAAUUCUGGAUGGUGUAAUUUUUUACCCUUGUCUCAUUUAUUUGUGCCUUGAUGCUUAGUCAGUUGCUCAGUUGUUUGCUUCGAGGGAAAUGGCUUUCCAAGAAUGUGCAGAGACAUCAAUAUACAUCAAGAAGUAUUCAUCUGCUUGACGCAGUCGCAAUUCAAUGUAGAUCACUUGUAAUGGGCUGGUGCCUACCAUAAACAAUGUUACACUCAGCUGCUUGUAACCCAAAAUAUAAAAUCUUAGGGUAUGUUUGGAAGCUUGGGUUGAAGGAGAGUGGAAGAUAUUGAAGGUUAGUCAGAGGCCUGGAAGGGAAAGGGAUGGAAAGUGAAGGAACUCAUUCAUUUUUGCCUUUUGGGGAGUUACAAAUUUGAAAAGAGAGAUAGCUAUGAAAGAAAUAUAAUUAAAAUAAUUUCAGAGGAAAAUUGUUAAAUCUGCCUUCGAAGUAUAUCAAAAAAGUCAGUUAAACCCUUGAACUAAACAAAUGCUUAAUUAAGCCUUUGAACUAUAUAAAAAC